AUAGUAACUAAUUGUUGCAUUGUUGUCUGUUGCCUGUUGCUGACUUUCUCUUUUUCUUAUUUAUUGAAUUAUGUCAUUGGUUUAACAAAUUGAUUUGAAUUCAUUAUAUUUGUUUAAACAAGUUCAUGAUUAAGAAAUCAUAUCGAAUUAUAUAAAUUCCAACGCGUAAAUUGGACUAUCUGUCUUCAUUUGAUUGGAAAAAAAUACCUAUACAAUAUUUAUUUACAUCAAAAAUUGCAAAUCUCACAUACUCAAAACCACUCAAAACAUUUUAUUGCAAGUGUUCAGAGUGAUAAAGAUAGCUUGCGGAUGCAAGCACUGUUGCUGAAGACGUUGAAGAAUCAGUUCAAGAGGUAAUACAGUGUCAGAUAUACAAUAUAACAAGAUGACCAGCAGUAAACGUAAUACUUUCCAAGACUUGUCCAAUAUGGAAGAAUUGGAUUUGAGUUGUGACAGUUUAUCAGGUAUUUCACAAGAUGUAUUCGAGGGAAUGAAAUCUUUGAUUAAGUUAAAUUUGAGUUCAAAUAUACUGACCGAUUUUGAGCCCAAUAUGUUCAACGACUUGUCUAAUCUCAAAAAUUUAAAUAUCAGCCGUAAUCUUUUAACAUCCUUGCCACAAGGAAUUUUUAAUGGAUUAGAAUCUCUAGUUUAUUUGAAUUUGUCUCACAAUAAACUGACAAAUCUUGAGUCAAAUACUUUCAACAGCUUGUCUAAUCUCGAUGAAUUGGAUAUCAGUUAUAAUAGUUUAACAUCUAUUUCACAAGAUAUAUUCGAGGGAAUGAAAUCUUUGACUAAGUUAAAUUUGGAAUCAAAUAAACUGACCAAUUUUGAGCCCAAUAUGUUCAACGACUUGUCCAAUCUCAAAAAUUUAAAUAUCAGUAGUAAUCUUUUAACAUCCUUGCCACAAGAAAUGUUUAAUGGAUUAGAAUCUCUAGUUUCUUUGAAUUUGUCUGGAAAUAAACUGACAAAUCUUGAGUCAAAUCCUUUCAACAACUUGUUGAAUCUCGAUGAAUUGGAUAUCAGUUAUAAUAGUUUAACAUCUAUUUCACAAGAAGUAUUCAAUGGAAUGAAAUCUUUGACUAAGUUAAACUUGAGAUCUAAUAAGCUGACAAGUCUUGAGCCUUAUAUUUUCAACAACUUGUCCAAUCUCAAGCGUUUAAAAAUCGGUGGUAAUUUUCUAACAUCCUUGUCACAAGAAAUGUUUAAUGGAUUAGAAUCUCUAGUUUCUUUGAAUUUGUCUAACAAUCAACUAACAAAUCUUGAGUCAAAUCCUUUCAACAACUUGACCAAUCUCGAAAAAUUGGAUAUCAGUUUUAAUAGUUUAACAUCUCUUUCACAAGAAGUAUUCAAUAGAUUGAAAUCGCUUACUGAAGACUUAAGUUUGGAAUACAAUAAACUGACCCACAUUGAACCUAAUACUUUCAAAAACUUGUCGAAUCUCGAGCGUUUAAAUAUCGGUGGUAAUUUUUUAACAUCUUUGUCACAAGAAAUGUUUAAUGGAUUAGAAUCUCUACUUUCUUUGGAUUUGUCUGACAAUCAACUGACAAAUCUGGAACCUAGUACUUUUAAUAAUUUGUCCGAUCUCUGUUAUUUAAAUUUCAGGAAUAAUCGUUUAACAUCUCUUCCUCGACAAGUAUUCAAAAAAUUGAAAUCUCUCGGACAUUUGGUUUUGGAUCAGAACAAAUUAAAAAAUCUUCAGCCUGAUACAUUUAAACAAUUGUCAAAUCUUGUAGACUUAUUUAUCGAUAAUAAUAAUUUAACAUCUCUUCCACAUGGAAUAUUCAACGGCUUAAAAUCUUUAGAACUGUUGCACUUACAAUCAAAUAAAUUAACGCGUCUUGAAGCUGAUAUUUUUAAUAGUUUGCGUAAACUUGAAACUUUAGAUAUAAGUCAUAAUAGACUAACAGAGCUUCCAAUCGAUAUUUUCAAGAAAAAUAAAAAACUUACAACCUUGUCUUUAGAAUCAAGCGAGCUUAUAUUUAAGCCUAGAGUUUUUACUUUACCUUUAUCUAGUUGAAAAAGUUAUAUCGUCUCAAUGAUAAAAAUAAUAAAUUUAAU